CGGCUGGGGCUGCGCACGUGGGCGGCUGUCCGCAUGGAGGUGGCAACAGCGGGAUGUUGCGGCCCGGGGCUGGCGCUGUGCGGAGCUCUCAUGGCUGCCAGCGGUGGGAGCCGCUUCCUGGCAUCUCGCUACCAGGAGCCCAGUGUUGAUGAUCUCUUCAUGUAUGACUGCAUCACUGCAAGCAAGAACUCUCAAGAAGACAGAGGACAGGAUGGACAGCCAGCAGUUAAAGCAAGUGAUGAUAUUCUUGCUUUUGCCUUCUCCUCAUCAGGAGGCUAUUUUGCUUUGACUGAUGACAACAAACGUCUGGUUCUUUUUCGUACUAAGCCUUGCUGGGAAUGCCUUAGUGUCAGGUCUGUUAUUAGAAGAUGCACUUCUCUGAUUAUUACAGCUGCAGAGGAUAAGAUUCUGGUUGCAGACAAGUCUGGAGAUGUCUAUUCUUAUUCAAUAACAGAACCACAAAAAUCAGGAAAGAUUGAGCUUGGGCACUUGUCCCUGCUCUUGGAUGUGGCGCUGAGUCCUGAUGACCAGUAUAUCCUAACUGCGGACAGAGAUGAGAAGAUUCGAGUCAGUUUGACUAGAGCGCCACAUAACAUCAUAUCUUUCUGUCUUGGGCACAGAGAGUUUGUAAGCAGAAUAUUUGUAAUACCAAACUAUCCAGAUCUUAUGCUAUCAGCUUCUGGGGUAUGUAUUCUGAUCCUUUCAAAAAAAGAAAUGUCAGUCUUUGAGCCAGACUUGAGUUUUCUGCUUGUUUUGCAAGGAUUUGGUUUCUGUAGAGGUGGAAGACUUGCUCUUCAGUUCCACUCCCACCAACAUUCUACUCUGGGUUCGAUCUUUCUAUUGUUAGUAAGAUAGUGGUGAUUUAAUCUC